AUGGAUCCAGCUCAAUCAAACGUCAGUGACAAAGCCAAGGCUAAUGAUGCUAAAAGAGAGCUUUUUGAGAAAAUCCAAGCAGGGGAUUCUGAUCUGGUCAGGCAGUUGAUAGGGAGGUCCGGUGUUUCAGUCAAUUGCGUUGAUGAGCAUGGCAUGACCCCUCUGCAAAAUGCUGCAUUUAAAGGAAAUCUUCAUUUGUGUGAACUCCUGCUUGCCCAUGGAGCUGACGUGAAUGCAAACCACCAUGAAAAUGGCUACACGACACUCAUGUUUGCUGCAUUAUCUGGGAACACUGAGGUUACCCGUUUGAUGCUUCAGUCUGGAGCUAAGACAUCACCAACCAAUAGCGUAGGUCGAACUGCCGCUCAGAUGGCUGCCUUUGUAGGGCAACAUGCUUGUGUCAGCAUCAUCAACAACUUCUUUGAUCGGGAACAGUUGGACUAUUACACCAUUCCAAGAGGUUUUGAGAAAGAGCCUAAGUUACCAACUCAGCUCGCUCCUGGUCUGCACAAAAUGAUCCUCAUGCAUAAUCUCAAUCCUGUCAGGCUUGUACAGUACCUGAAGAAUAAUGAAAAUCUGUUGAACGAGGCGGUCAAGGUUGCUAAUGUGUUGGAACUGAUCUCAGAGAAGGAGAUGAAGUCUAGUUCAACCAAUGAUGUCAUGGCUGUUAAGAUGCACUAUCUGUCCAACUUGAUCAGGCAGUGCCACAAAUGGAACAUGGAGAAAGACAAUGGUGUCGAUGACUUUAUCAAAUUUCUACUGAGGGCAAGAGAGAAUGAUGGCGCCAGGGUGAACACAGAGAAGUUACUAAGAGAGAUCAUCAGGGAAUUCCCCUUCCAUGAGAGUGAACUAUUCAUUCAAAUUGUGAGAAAUUUAACGGAUGUCAAAAUCGGUGAUGACCCAACAGCUCUGAGCAUUAUAACCCAGGCAGUGAAUGGAGCCAGGAGUCUGGAGGUGGAUAACCCAUGCUCAACCUGUGGAGAAGCUAAGGCAAGCAAGAAAUGUUCGGCAUGUAAAGAGGUGAAUUACUGUGAUGCAGUAUGCCAAAAGCUGGAAUGGUUUACACACAAGAAGCAGUGCAAGCGUCUAGCACAAGAACGUAAACAAAGAUUGGAGGCAAUAGAGAAGGAGAACAAGAGACAGAAAUUGGAAGAGGAGAAGAAGAAGCUGGAAGAAGAGAACAAAAGAUUGGAGGAUGAACAGAAAGAGCCAUUAACAAAUGGUACUGCUCACAAAGAAGACACCAGAAAUGCACAGGAAGACUCUGAAUCAACUGAAACCAGAACUAUCGAAGAGACAACUCAAAAGUUAGAGGAUACCACUGUGAGCUAAUUGCAUUUUAUAGUGGAUUGUGCAAAACAGAAUCAGUGCUACUUCAAUAGAACUGCCAUAUUAUAUAUUGGUUCAGAAUUCCAGCUGAUGUGUAGGAGACUUGCCUUUUUGUGUUUUAAUUCUGUCAUAUUACACAAUAUGGUUGGGAACAUUUUUUGUUUUUUUGUUUAAUAUUACAAAUUACAGAGCUGCCAGCUAUUAGGGAAAAGAGUAAUUAUUAUGAUUUUCACACCUAAUCAUGCAACAACGCUUUUGACCUUUAUUACUACGCUUUUCAGCGCCAACAGCUAUGUACAAAAUUUAAUACACAGAUAAUACAUUGUGCAGUGGGGAACUCAUCCGAAGGUGGCAAAUACUGCCAUUGCAUGCAUGAUCGUGUCUCUUUGUUUACGAUGCUGCGCAUGUGAUGAUUGUCUAGGCCGUGGCCGGGUAGCGCCGAAUGUUUGUACCGUAGAUUGCGUGCAUUGCCUAUGGAAAAUUCUUGCACGCAUCCAUAUAUCCACGCACGUGCACAGAAGUAGGAAGUUAUCAUUCCAUGUUUCCAACGCACAAAAAAAUCACCGUACCGGUAUAUAGGAGGAUUGUUACAACAGGCGCUGUUUUUUUUAAACUUUUCAUGUAUUGUCAAUUAGAAUUUGUGUCACAUCUUUGGAUUGUUCAAAUGGAGUAUUUGAUGCGAUAUACUACAAAUGGAUCAAAUAUCAGCAAUUUAAUUGUUAGAGGAUCUCAUGCCUGCUUAUUCAGUUCAGCUCAGCUGCCAAACUUGCUACCCCGCUAGGACAGGAGGCAUUUGAACAUUGUCUCCGUUGGUCCACCGUUGGAACGGUGCACAGUGGGCCAGAAUGAACCCAAAGUGCGCCAAAACCCAUUAUUCACACAUUUGUACGAUUAAAUUUGGUAGCUAGUGGUAAUUUCACCCGUAUAAUUCAAUAAAAGUAUUUUCAAAUAUUGAUGACGUUGUUAAAAUACUGUUUUCUGAUUGGCUGUUAACAUUUGAGAAGAAAUUACAUGUUUCUAAUUCUACAAUAAGUUUCAAAUUUUCAGAAACUAGUUUUAGAAAAAUUUCAGCAAUACUUAAGCAUAUUAGCAAACAGCAAACACACAAACAGGCAAACAAACAAGAAAAGUCUGUGCUCGGGGUACAAAAUUAAUAAUCCAAUUGGGGACUUGAGUAUCGCUUAAAGAGGGCGCCCUACCAUGAAUCCGGAAUUCAAAGUGAAAUUGUAAAAAAAAAAUGAAAAGGAGUAUUUUCAUUCCCUGGGUAAAGUGAUUAACCACACCUACAUUAAUUAAAAUGGAUUGAUACCAGAAGAGGACAGUGAAAUCUUUAAAAUAAUGAUUCCAGUGAUAAAUAAUAGAUGCCGGGUCCUCUGCAGGUUAAUCAGUACAAGGCCCUACAAGGCCUACCUAUUUCACCAGGAACGGCGUAUACAAAGUUAUUCCGAAUCAGAGUCUCUCUCUACUAUCUCACCAACUAUUAUGUCUUUGGUGAGAGGGUCUUUUGGCAUACUUUGAACAUCAGGGGGAAGAGGCUGUGAUUGUUGUACUCUUAAAAACUUGCUACUAAUCACAAUGUCACCUGUUACCAUUAGUCUGUGGAAUACAAACAAAGUCAAUGAGAGUCAUAAACCAAACAAUCCUUGAAAUGAUAAUAUACACUUCCUUCUUGAUCGAUACUAACAAUUAAUAGCAAAUUUAGAAUGAGCCAAGAGAUGUGAAGUUUCAAACCCUUUUGGGGGGAUAAAUACUAAUAAUGAUAAUGCAACUUAUACAUGUAAUAGAGCCCACGUAUAUCCCAUCACUGUCCUAUACACAUUUUCAUAUUUUGUCAGAAAACUGCGUGAGACCUAUCACAUCCCUAGUCAUGUGUGUUAUAGCGAUAUACAGUAGCCCCUACUUGGUUUAUGAACAACAAAACAAAUAUAUAUAAUCUUACCCGGGAAUCUUACCUUAAGAAUUAAUCUUCUCAGGAUGACAGCAUAUCAGAUAUGGAACACGGGAUGGAACAGUUUGGCAUAAAUAUGAAGUUGUGUUACAUGUAUUAUCAUAUAGUUAGUGGAAUUGGAAAUGAAAGCUUGCCUUACGUAUGACACCAGUCACAAGAGCCAGACACACCCCCCCCCCUCUCUCUCUCUCUCUCCCAGCACGCGACGGGGAGUUUGUUUAAUGUCACCUGCAACGUUCGGCACGCGCAUAAUGGGACACUAACUUGGAACGAUUUUUGUGAUAAAUACGGCGAACAUGUGGUUGGAAAAUUGGUUACAUCUCCAGAAAAUGCACGUAUAUGCAGCUAAAUUUGGUAUCAGUGUAAAGCAUGAACUAUAACAAAGACCGUCUUGGUAUUUACAGCGCAGCAAUCGGCAGCAAUUUGUGAAAGAAAUGCCCAUGAAAAAAAAAAUGCUAAAACCCCACAUUGUCAAAUGGUUUCGUCCAAAAUUGCCUCUGAAGGGAUUAUCAUUUUAUCUUGAAAAUCUUUGAUCACUUAAAACAAUCAUUCAUCAAAGAGCACCGAGAACUUAUAAUAAAUUAAGCAAUCCGUUUUGUUAAAACAGUGAAAUAUCUAAAACAUGUCAUUUACACAUGCGGUAGCUGUAAAGAGUCAUUUUCCGGUAAUAUUGAAUAAAAAUGGGCAACUAAUAAUCAAUUUAAUGGAGAAAUAUUGUAUGUAGGCAUUCUUCAGGUUCUUAUCUUUGCUUAGAACAUGAAAACAACAAAAUUUGUUUCAUGACCAAAAACCAGUUUUGGCGCACUUUUGCUCUCUCCUGGCCCACUGUGCGGUGGUGGGAAUGUUGUGUAUUGCUGCUUAAAAAUUCUGCAUCACAUAUGAUUUGAUUGAACAGAUUUUUGACAUGGCAUCGGGUUCAAAGAUGAAACAGACAUUCGGGCAUCCAUAUGAUUAAUGUCAGUGAUGUUGAAGAAUUAGAAAGUUUUUUGAGGUAAGAAAUGAUUUGAAUACCUUGACUUUUUUAUGUUGAGGCCCACACCCUUGCCUUAGAUCUACACAUUUAGUAGGUCUAAAAACUUCUUUUAAAAUUGAAUAUCUGUUCAUUUACAUCCUUUUGUGCACCAUACUACUUCAAAGUAAUUUAUAAUACUGCGCGUAUGAAAUUACCUUUUUUAUCUCAAAAUUAGGAUUUUAUGCUUCUGGAUUACUACUUUUUACUUUCAAAGGUUGGCAGCUGUGGAAUUAAUGUUUUUUGUUAUUGUCAUUAUUUUUCACUUCUUAUUCUUGUGCAUGGCAUAUUUCAGUUAAUCAUACAGGAAUUCAUUCAACAGCUGUAAUGAAUUUUUUUUUAAAUUAGUUUCUCUCAGAAACUUGAUGGGGAAAAGGCCAAGGGACAUAUAUUCAAAAUUUGCACCUUUUUCAUCUAAAUGUGGUCGUAAUUUGAUUUGACUCUGUAGUAGUUUUGACCUUAUAGAGGGUUUUUUUUUCAUGUGUUCAGAGUUUAUAUUUCAGUUGUUAUAUUUGAUAUUUAUUUAAUCCAGUGUACAAUGUGGAUUUGGAAAUUAAUAUUGUAACAGAUUAUGGAUUUUACAAUGGUUAUUGAUUAAAUAAUGGGUUUCCUAGAAAUGUAUUCUUAUUAGUACAACAUUAUGAGUAAUGUGAAGUAUUGGCUAGCAAUAGCAUGAUAUACCGGUACUAAACUUCGUGCAGUAAGCUAUAUCAGCUCGCAAGAUUGAUAACUGGUAAUGAUGUUAGAGUGACUAAUGCUGGCAAUAGGUAGAUUUAAUUUACUAUGCAUGAAAAGCUAGAGAUUAUUGGCUGAAAUUCAUGUGGUCAGAAUUGUACAGCUGUUUCCAAUAGCAAUAUAGGUAGACCAAUGUGCAUGCUAAAAUUUCUCAUGAAACCUUUCCUGAAACCAGACCCAGUGGUGUGUGCCUUGAAUGACACUGAAGCCACCACACAUUGUUUUUAAUAUGCCGGAUAAUUCCGAAAUCCGAAAUAAAUGUAAUAUUUUUAUUUUCAUGUCCAAACUAACUAUUAACUUGAGAUUUGAUUAAAGCUUUUAUUCUUAAGAUUUUUGGUGGUAUGAUUUCUAAUAUUGUCUUCUUUAUGAAGCGUUGCUUGCACAAAAUACCUUGAUAAGUGAUCCCAUUGAAUUACACGAUGAAUUAAAGGGAAAACUUCAUACAACAAUCUAUACUGUUUACAAGACUGCAAAUUAAUUUAAAGACUGUUAUCUACUCAUUCAUAUCACUCUUUUGUAUUAUGUUUUAACUUUGUCAGUGUAGGCACUUGUUUCUUUAGCAGUUGUUGUUUACAAGUUUUAAAUUUAAUGAUUUUCAUGGCAAGAUAAUCUGAAUAUUAUAUAGAUUAACUUUGUAAUGCUGUCUCUGUAUAGAUGUUUACUUCAAAUUUAUCAUGCAAAUUUAUGAAUGAAGGAGAGAAUACCUGUCAGUUUAACUUUGUAAAAGCAUAUUAAAUAUGACAGUAACUAUUAUUAGCAGAUAUCUACCUGUGCCGGCUGCACAGAAGCGCUGUUAGCGCUACAGAGCACUAACAGUGCCAGUCACAUCUUACCAACUGUGAUGUCAAACCUUGAUCCAGUAAUGUGUUGUUGUGACAUUAGGCAAUGCCGCAACAUUACCGGUUGUAACAGGGCCUCUGUUAGCACAUCGUUUGCUCAAACAAAGUUUCUUUGCGGCCAGUACUGGAUGUUGUUUCCCUACAUUCCAACUUAGUGAAAAUCGCAUUAUGAUUGACAGGUAGCCUGAUAUAAUUAACAUAAUUGUUGGAUGAGAAUGUUAUUUUCCAGGAGACAUGAUGUUCAUUACAGGAACUGGAUUUCAGUAAUGUACACUGUUCCUUCCCCAGUUGGUCAAUGCUUUGAACUUGUUCAGUCAUGUGUAGUUCAUUUCACUACAGUAAUCAAGAUUUUCUGCUCAGUUGAAAUGGACAUUGCAAGAGACAUACCUUUAAUUCCAAAUCAAACUUAAGUCCUAAACUGAAACGCAAAUCCCAAUAUUAAACAUAAAUUUGUAGUUGGAUUUGCAUUCAGUUGCAUUAUUCAUGUAGCUCCCUGGUUUGCAUGAUUUCUGGGACUUAUGAUUUGCAAUUGAACAUGAGUUUCUUGUAACACCUUGGUAGUGUGUUACUUACUUUGUCAAAUUGAUUCCUUUUCCCCACAACAUGUUCCAUCAGAAAUUACUUCUCCAAAUUGCAGACUUUGAAUACCGUAUUCAAGCGAUUAGCACUAUUUAAAGUUGUCAGCUCUGCACGACUAUAUAUAAUGCAUAGAUACUCUCUUUUACUAUGUGAAUGAUAUGUGCUAUACAAGUAUUGUUCAUUAUUAUUAUUAUUAUUAUCAUUAUAAAUUGAUGCUGCUCUUGUGUACAAAUUCAAUGCACUAUAAGCAUGUUUAAUGUUUUGACAUGUUUAGAUUAGAUAUGUUCUUUUUUUUUUGUUCAGAGGUGCUAGUAAAAUAUAUUCUUUGGUGUUUUUAUUUUUUUGUAGCUUAUGAUGCUUUGUUUUGUAUACUCCACCAAUGUUUACAAAUGUCCAUUUGACUUUCUUGCUCAAUAUUAUUUCAAAAUUAAAGAAGUGACUUAAAGGUUAAUGAUCACCUGCAAUAGAUGGUGAUUGAUUCUAUAUAUUCCCAUGAUUUUUUUUACCAAAUGUUUUAUUCCUGAAUGAAUUCGGUUCAUAAGAAUGGCCAUCAAUGUUUUGAUAGCAUUUAUACAGGUAACAGUUCUCCCUAAUUUCAUGAAGUGGCAGAUUAGCAUUCUGCUUGGAAAAGAAAGGUAAUAAUCACUUAAUAUGAAGUGACACUAAAUUUCACGUAGCUAUCCUUUUAUGUGAGGAAUAAUGUUACAAUCAAUUGAAAAAUAAGAUAUGGAAUUUUCUGAUGUCAGUUCUUAGAAAGGAAAUUCUAAUGUCAUACACUCGUUUUUUUUCUUCUCCAAAUGACAGGUUUUGUCCAUACAUGUGUAAAAAUGAAAGAUGAACAGUGAGCAUCACCACCACCAUUGUUCAUUUAACACAAAUUCAAAUCAACCUGUAAAUAUGUCACUUUGUGAAAAAGAGUCACUUUUCAGACAUUUCCAUAUUUAUGAAUCACCAUAGUAAUAAAAUGAAGCAAUAUUGUGGUCUGAUACUUUCUAAAGGUUGAAGAUGUUAGUCUAAAAAAUAAAACAAUAAAAAGCAACCAUAAAAUAUGGAAUAAAAAAAGAGGAUCAUUCCUUUUUUACAUUUUUUUUGCGGGGGGAUUGUGGUCUCUAAUCAAUGCAGAUAUGAAUCCUAUGUGGAUCUUCUUUCUAUGCAUCUGAUUAUAUAUCCAUCACUACUGGUAUCUUGCUUCAAUCUGCAAUAUCAUACACUUUGGAGUAGAAUUUACUGAGAAAUGACUUCUUGAUAUAUCCUGUAAGAUUUUACAAAAAGGAAUUUUAAUAUAUAAUGUGUGGACACCGUGCAUUAGCAACAUAUAUAUUAAUGUUUCUAUAAUUGGUACAAGUUGCAUAAUUGUAUAUAGUUAGUAGUAUUUAUUUGAGGCUAUUUGCUUCAGAUAGAAUUGAUGUAUUCCCAAAGAAUAAACGUGUAAAGCAUGGAAUUGUUUGUAUUUGGAAUAUUGAUUUUUUUAUAAAUGACAAUGAAAGUACAGUCAACUUUGCAAGUCAA